AUGCUUUAUAAAAACAACCAAUACGAUCCGAAGUUGAAGCGUAAGGGUGGUCGAAUUCCUCGGCAAUUGACAGGCAAACCCGGCCGUCCCGCAAAGGCACCAACGGUUGGGUGGCUGAGGGCGGAGGCUAAGAGAACGGAGAACAUCAAGGCGCGCGGCAGGAAGAGGAAGCAGGAAGAUGUCGCUGUCGCGCAACCAGCUGAUCAGGAAGAUGCGUCCAAUAUAGGUGCAAUAAUCGACCUGAUAAUGGGGACUAGCUCUGUGUCCGAUGCGCCAGAGCAUGCAGUUAAGCGGGCAAAGCUGGCUACUGAUCCCAAAACGACUGCCAUUCUAGGAAACAUCAGCGGGCGCAUGACGCGGGGGACCGCUCGUGCAUUGAAGGCUCAACUAUCUGCAUAA